AUGUCACAGCCGCCGAAACGCUCAGCUUGUUGUGAUCUCGAAGAUCCGGACUGUUGUGGGCAAGCUCGUCGCACGGGAACAGCCCCUCCCCCGCUGACCCAAACCGCCCGAGUAACAGAAAUUAUCGAACUUGAUAAUGAUUGCGAUUUCGAGGCAAUUUCAGAACCCGAACCAGAACUUACACAGGAUACAUUUCGACACGCAGUGUCUGGAAGUGUAAGCUCAGGCCGGACCUACGAAAGACCGGCUGGCCGCCAGGACUUCCAAAUUGCGAUAAUCUGCGCUCUACCAAUUGAGUACAAUGCCAUCUCACUUCUUAUCGAUCAAUGGUGGGAUGAGGGAGGUAAUACGUACGGACGAGCCCAAGGAGAUCCGAACACGUACCGAAAUGGCCGUCUCGGUGAACACAAUGUUGUGCUCUUACUCCUCCCAAAGAUGGGAAAGUCUUCAGCGGCCGGAUCGACGGCUAGUCUGAGAUCAAGUUAUUACAACAUCGGCCUUGCGUUAUUAGUCGGGAUUUGUGGAGGCGUCCCUCCUCGGCGACACUAUUUCCAGCAAAUUAUCAGCAUAAACAUCAGGAGCCAGUGGAGUGUAGCUCAUGUACUGGAGAGGAUGAAACUUAUUGCCGCGAGGGCUGAUAAGACGGCCUGUGUAGAGCUUUGUUGCGACGAUGAUAUGCUAGUACGAAGGCAGCGUUUGAAAAAGAAGAGAAACCUUGGAUCGGAUGAGGAACAACAACGACCCGAAGUAUUCGUGGGGAAUAUUGCGUCCGGAGAUACAGUUAUGAGGUCCAGUGAGCAUCGGGACGCAAUUGCUAUCCAAGGAAACCUCAUUGCAUUCGAGAUGGAGGGAGCCGGGGCGUUUGAUGAGAGCCCUUCUCUUGUUAUUAAGGGUGUCUGUGACUAUGCCGACAGCCACAAGAACAAAGAUUGGCAGCCAUUUGCUGCCGCUACAGCGGCAUCUGUAGCCAAAGCUGUAUUAGAAAGAUACACACUACCUGGCAUCUCUACGACUAUUAUCCCAGAAAAAGUGACUUUCGACGAGCAGGAUAAAAAAUGUCUGGCUGACUUGCGAGUAACCAACCCGAUUGAUGACAAGGCACGCAUCACACAAACUAAGGGAAAUCUACUCAAGGGCUCAUACAUCUGGAUCCUUGAGCAUGAGGAUUUCAAAGCCUGGGGUCGCAAUCAAACCCAGCUGCUCUGGAUUACGGGUGACCCUGGAAAGGGCAAAACAAUGUUACUUUGCGGCCUCAUUGAAGAAUUAGGGCCCACAACGAGGCUAAACGAUAAAUCAUCCGAUAGGCUCCUAGCUUAUUUUCUUUUCCAAGGCACUGAUUCCCGUAUCAAUAACGCUACUGCCGCUCUGCGCAGUUUGAUAUACAUGCUCGUCAAUCAACAUCCAGCGCUUAUUCUUGCCAUUCGCGAGAAGUACGAUGCUUCUGGGAAACAGCUCUUCCAAGAUCCUAACGCUUGGUUUGCUCUGUCCACGAUUCUUACAGGCAUCCUUGAGGAUUUUAAACAGUUCAAAGUUUGCAUUGUCAUAGAUGCUCUCGAUGAGUGUAUCACAGACCUUUUCAAACUCCUUGAUCUUGUUAUCCACACUUCGAAAUUCUCACAUGUCCAGUGGAUCCUCUCCAGUCGGAACAUCACGGACAUAGAGCGGGGGCUACAGUCGCAUAUCUCGCACACAAGGCUUGGUCUCGAACAAGAUGAGAACGCGGAACUCGUUUCAAAGGCUGUUGAAACCUAUAUCAAACAUAGCAUUGCCGAAUUAAAAUCAGUGUUUGACGACGAAGUCAAAGUUAGCAAGCUACAUGAUACGAUGCUAGAAAAAUCCAACGGUACAUUCCUUUGGGUUUCUCUGAUCACUAAGGAGUUAAAAGGAGCAAAUUCCUGGGAACUAAACCAAAUACUUGAAGAGUUCCCGGAAGACCUAUGGAGAGUCUACAGUCGAAUGAUUGACCAGGUGAAGCAACAACGACCAGAGACCCAAAAAUUAUGCUCUCUCAUUUUAUCAACAGUUGCUGUGGCGUACCGUCCUCUCCAUCUCGAGGAAAUAUCUGUCCUUUCACAAUUGCCAAAAGAUAUAUCUAGGAAGCCUGGGGUCGUCAGAAAACUGGUGGAUCAAUGCGGGUCCUUUUUCACGAUUCGAGAAAGCUACGUUUAUAUAAUACACCAGUCAGCUAUGGAUUUUUUAUCGGCUAAAGGAAUAGGGUCAUUAUUGCUAAACAAUGAAUGGAAGACAGAAAGUCAUCACACGAUAUUUUCUCAAUCCCUCAAGGCUCUUUCUAAUACCUUAAGAAGAGAUAUUUAUAACCUCAAAGAACCAGACUUCAUGACUAAAAAUGUCUCUAUUCCAGAUCCAGACCCGCUGGCAUCAAUUCGAUAUUCGUGUGUUUACUGGAUAGACCACUUCAGUCUUGCCGAGCCUUCCAAGGGUGAUGAUAAUUCUCGGGAAGAGAAAGGUAUACUCGGCUUUCUCAAGGUGCAUUUUCUCCACUGGCUGGAGGCCCUUAGUUUGAUUGGCAAGAUCCAGGAAGGUAUUCGCGUCAUUCUACUCCUAGAAUCUAUUACUGAGGCAAAAAAAAACCUCGAUAUACAUAAUUUCGUAUACGACGCAAGGCGCUUUACUCUAUCUUUCGGGUCGAUGAUCCAGGAAACACCCCUUCAAACCUACUACUCUGCACUAUCUUUUGCUCCCCAGCAGAGUUUAGUUCGCCAACAAUUCAAGAGUGACAUAUUUCAUCCCAUUGACAUAAGGCCAGUGCAGCAGGAGUGGGGCGCGUUACUCCAGACUCUGAAACCCUCCGAAUUCGAACCUUAUUGUCUCGCCGUUUCACCAGACAACAAAAUCAUUUCACUUUCUAGCGAUAGGAUAACACUCUGGGAUCUGUUGACAGGUUCAAUUUUGAGACAAGGUGAAAAUGACUGUGACACAAUAUGGGAGGUAGCCAUUUCACCAAAUGGAGACAGAGCCCUUGCCAUCUCUACCUCCGGUGAAGCCGUUAUUUGGGACAUAACCACCCAUUUUUUCCACAGAAUAUAUAAGCAUGUCGCAGUUAACUGCAUUUUUAACUUUGCUUCAUUCUCAGUCGAUGGAGAAACACUCUUAGUAGCACUAAAAGCAGGCAGGGCAAAAUAUCGUAUAGAAAUUUGUACAAUGAUGGCGGGGGAGGCUAGGAAAGAGUUUGACUUAGAGGCAAAUUCUCUCGCGCUUUCCUCCGAUGGACGAAGGAUUGCAUAUAUCGCCAGUGGUGUCCUAAAACUUUGGGACAUAGCAGCUGAGAGAAACCUUGCGUCUUUUCAGAGCCUCAAAAUUGAUGAGGGCCCAUUUGAUUCUAAUUGCGAGCCUAAAAGCCUAAUAUCCUUCUCGCCAGAUGACAAGUUGAUUGCAUUAGCAUUUAAAGAUACUAUCAGGUUACUUGACACUGCGACGGGAAAAUCCACGGGGAUUUCCCAACACUACCGCUCUCUCAUAACGUCUAUUUUGUUCUCCCCAGAUAGCACAUUGAUUGCAUGCGCGCUCGAGGAUACCACGGUCAAUAUCUGGAGCAUUGAUAACAAAAAACUGGUGCGGAAGUUCGAAGGCCAUAAAACAAUAGCCCGCCUCAUAGCAUUUUCGCCAGACAGCAAAACAAUUGCAACCGCAUCAAGGCUAACCGAACCGCCAUUUAUAUCGGCAACUAUUUCCAUCCAGCUUUGGGAAACGGCGACCGGCGAUUCCUUGCGAACCCUGGUGGGUUAUAACUGCCGUGCUUAUGCUAUGGCAUUCUCAUCUAGUGGCAAGAUGUUGCUCCUAACUUCCGGCAAUGGUGUCAUCCAGCGAUGGGACGCAGCCACUGGAGAGGUCGUGCCAGAAAUUAAACGCCAGAAGACCUUCCUCCAAGACAUACCUGAUGGGGUAUACUUCUCCCCCAACGCUAAGAUAGUAGCUUCAUCGUCAUACGCAAGGGCAAUGGGUGUGGGAUUUAUACAGUUGUGGGACCGAGAAACACUUAUAAAUACUCACACGCUAGAAGCCUACGGACAGCCGGCUGUUCCGACUCUCUUCUCACCAAACGGGAAAACCAUUACCGCCGUAUUCAAUCUUCAUGGUUGGUGCGACAACCAACAGGGUCCUGCCAUACUCUACUCAUGGGAAGUAGAGACAGGUGUAUUGUUGCGCAGUUCGAUGAUAUCCAGUAGUCCUGUCUUCGGUAUAACAUUGUCGCCAGACGGUGGAGUUAUCGCAUUCGGAUCAAGGGAAGAGAUUGGUUUGUUUAAUGUUGAAACAUGCUCCAUUCAGAAAAUCUCUAAGACUGAGGGGCACGAACGUUCUCAAAUAUUCUACUCUCCUUGUGGGAAAAUGAUCGCUGUUCUAUUAUUCAAUACAGACACUCGGUAUAAAUACAUGAAUGUAUGGGAUACGACGACAAAACUAUUCCUAGGAAAGUGUGGCACAGAGGAGCCGUCGAAUCCUAUCAUUAACCUGAAGCUAGUGGAAAGCGAACGUUUCUACGGCCUUGCGCCGGACUGGAAGACUGUCAUCAUCAUCGCUAGAAAUGGGACAAUGGAAUCCCGCUGUGCAAGGACGGGUGCAAUCGAAUGUAGGCUUAUUGGCUACGGCUUAUCCCACAGCUGUAGUGCUUUCUCACCGGAUGGAAGAUUUUUUGUUGCAGGGUCGUAUCCCCAGAUACGAAUUUGGGAGACUAAGGCGCUGAAAACGACGAAUGGCGAUCUAGUUGAUUAUCAUGGAAGCGCAGUGCUGCGAACAGCUAUCUCUCAGAACCAGGAUAUAUCCGCAUCGCUAUCAUAUAACUGUUCGAAAGAUCUCAGACUCUGGAGCACCAUAACAGGCAAGUGCUUGUGCGUCUCAGAAACUAUAGAAUCCUAUAAUCAUCCCGGGAGAGAUCUGCUUACGCUCUCACCGGACGGCACGAAACUUGGUUGUUUAUCGGAUAACAGGAUAAAGCUAUUGGCAUUCGAUUCGUUUAGCGAUCUUACACAAGAGUUUCUAUUGAGGAUUGAUGAUGAUUGUAACGCUGUACAUUCAAGAAUCUUGGAUAUUGCCUUCUCCUCCGACAGUAAGGAACUGGUUUUGAUAGUCACGAUUCCGGCUGAUUACCCGUCUUCUGAUGAAGACGCCUCAACCACUAAAUCCACCCCUCUUCACGAACUAGCCACCGCAUACUAUCCCUCUCAUUUGUUAUUAUUUUAUGACGCAUCAUCGGGAAACUUUUUAAGGUGA